AUUUUCCUAAUUUGAUUAAAAUUCUUGCUAAUUAAACGAGUAUAGCAUCGUGAUUUCAUAUGAUCUCCAUUAAUAAACGCUAAGAAGGCAUCACGCAUCCUCCAGACUGAGGAACGCUUAUGGAAUUAUUGUUCUUUUUUGCACUCUCAUGUGUUGACAAUCAAACGCAAAGUGUCAAAGACGUAACCGCAACGCUAAUUGGCUAAAUACAAUUACCUCUAGUGUAACAGAUAAUUUGAUUAGCUUUCACACUUCUCGCGAAAAUCUCACAAGUACCUGAAGUAGGCGGAGCUUAAAUUAUGCUAUCAGCGUUUGUGUGUGUAUUCAGCACUCAUUUUGACAUCUUCCAAAUUGCCAACAGUCAGAGUAACAGUAAUUGGCGAGUGCGGAUCCUAAAAAAAUCGGGCGUUAGAUUUUAGAUUUCGUUUGGCAAGGAGUGUCAUGUCCGCUGCUUUUGGACUCUGGCGAUGCUGAUCUGGACUGGAGUAUUUAGAGUUAAAUUUUUUCAUAAACAUAGCAAACAUGUAUGUCUUUUUUAUUCCUUCAAACAUGCAUAGAGAUGUCUGUAAAACAAAAUGGCAUAUGGUGCAAAACUUAAGUAUUUUAAGGUGUUAAAGUUCGGGCUAGUGAAAUUGGUGUCGGGCUUGGAAAAUUCCCUAUCUGGUAGCCCGAACAGGCUAGUGGAUUCAGAUCUGAAUUUCGUACACUGUAUCAUUAUUUAAAGGAUAAGUGUAAGGUCAUACCCUGAAAAUGUUAUUGUCUUCAUUUGAUAAUGAAAUUCAUAGUUUAAACUAUACUUGAAGAGUAAACAUUUCAAAGUGGCCACUAAUAAUACUUAAAAUGGAACCUAUUAACUCAGUUUUUUUGUGUACUACAAUGACAUCAAAGUUUUCAGAUCACUUCUCCACAAAUGACUAAUACUUUUCAAAUGGUAUAACAUAUCUAGGAUAGUUGAAAUAGACUAUAAAUGACUUUCAGUUUUAAGCAUGCGCAGGAAUUAGCCGACAGAAAUGACGUAAUGUAAACACUAUGGUUUGUCAGCUGCAAGUGAUAUUUGACCAAUUUUAAUGGAGGAAUUGAACAAGACUGCAGAAGAAAUGGGAGAAAAAACUGUUAAGGAGUUCAUUUUCAAGUGUGGUGUAUGCCAGCAAGGGUAUGGAGAUAUUUUCUUGUAUUUUAAACACUUUUCAGAACAUAAACAAGUGACAUUUCAAGAGUGUUUCCAUCUCUGUGAGACCAGUAAUAAAUGGAAGCACAGUCUAGAUUAUUGUAUGCACUGUCUGGAGUUAACUGAUACAGAGCAGUUUGCUUGCCAGAUGUGUUUGAAAUCAUUCAAGACAAUGUGUAUGUUGCAUCGACAUAUUCUGGAUAACCAUCCAAAAGUCAUCUCUUAUGAUAUUGAUAUAGAGGCAAGAAGAGCCAGGGCAGAUUCGGAAGAUGGGUCUGGAGAUUUAGCAGAAGUGAUAUCUGAAACAACGACAGAUGAAAUUAAACAAGAAAUUGGUGUUGCUCCAUUUGUGUGCUAUUUUUGUAACAGUGGCCAUACAAGAGUUGUUGAUUUUUUAAAACAUUUACAAACUCAUGGUAGAUUUAAGUUCAACAAAUGUUUCCAUCUAUGUGACAUUGAGGAAUUAGAUGAGCAAAUUAAAGAAACAAACAAAAUAGACAAGUUUUUAUGCCGUACAUGUGGUACAUGGUAUCAGAGUAUGUGCCUUGUUUUCAAACACUUUUCUUGUAAAAAGUCGUGUAAGUCAUAUACAGUUUCACUUCGUGAUAAAACUGUCUAUGUAGGUUCUCAACAGUGUUUGGAUGUAAAAAGUAAAGUCAUGGAAAACAAAUUACCUCCUGAAGAAAGACUGAAGGAAACUAGAAAAGAUUUUCAAGAGAAAAGAACGUGUUUUGUUCUAUUAGAAGACUGUGCAGGUUUAAUCACAAAGUCUGGCAUAGAAAAAGUUGCUUCAUCUUCUCCGAUACCAUUAAGUGAACAAGAAGCUCGGGAGCAUUCAUCACAUGAUAGACUGUCUUCGGUAUUAGAAGAUGGAUUCUCCAAAAGCGUUACCGAUGAUAAAGGAUUUGAGGGUACGAAACAGCAGUUUGAAUCUGAUUCUAAAAGACUGAUAGUGAACUUUAGUUCAGAAAUGAACACUGAUGAUGGAAAUGAAGAAGGAUCAAAGAAUGGAAGUUCUGGCAAGGGAGAACAAAUAGAAUCUGAAUGUCGUGAAAAUACAAGUAAAUUACAAAGACAAGCUACACUUGGAAGGCCACGAAAAAACUUUUUCAAAUCGUCGUUUGUACGGAAAAUGCAGUAUUAUGAACGGAAAAAGAAGCUUCUAAGUCAGCCAACUAUAUGUCAACUUUGUGGUAUAAAAUUGAAAAAGAUGUGUAUUAAGAGACACAUGAAACUUGUGCAUUCUGAUACUGGGCCUGCGACUUGUGAAAAAUGUGGAAAAGUAUUUUCCUGUAAAUAUUACUGUGAGAGGCAUAUCAGCUACAUCCACUCGAAUAAAGUGUAUGUUUGUGAUGAGUGUGGAAAAACAUUUAAGGUGAAGGUUUAUUUAAAGAAUCAUAAGGAAUCCCACAACAAGGAGAGAAUAUACAAGUGUGAAGAAUGUGAAAAGACGUUUUAUACAAAGGCAUCUCUACGUGCACACCGGCUGAGAAAAAAAAAGGUACGAGACCAUCAGUGCCCUCAUUGUGAAAAAAUGUUUGAUAAACGAGGACUUAGGAAUCACAUACGAGAUGUACAUGCAGAUUCAAGCAAAUGGAUUUGUACAUUUUCUGGAUGUGAAAAACGGUUCAAAUCUAGACGUUUUUUGCGGAGACAUAUCGUACGUCAUCAAGAGGUUAAACCAGAAGUUUGUGACUUUUGUGGAGUGUCCUUUGCCCAGAGAGGUGAGCUUAAAUCACAUGUGAGAAGGAUACAUGGAGUACAAGAGUUAACAAAAAAGAAAAUUGAAGAUGCUGAUCGUGAUGAACGUCAAAAACGUCUUGUGUCCAUCGACGUGGAUCCAGAGAUGUUUGGUGAGGAAGGAUUGAAAACUAUCAGGAUGUAAAGUGUUUAAGGAUUGUUCUGUUGGGAAAAGCAAGUGUGUUUGGUUAACUACACUAUCAUUAAAAAGGAUGAAAUGACAACAAAGUAUUUUACAGACAAAAAUGGAAUAUAGUGCAAAAUCUGUAAUUGAUUAAACACAGUUUAAAUAGUAUAGAUGUACCAUUAACAAGAAAAAAGCCUCAAGGUUUAUUUCAAUUGUUAUAUACCCUAACAUGCCCUUCUGUGGGUAAGUAAUUGUAAAUAAAAAGAAAUAAGAAAGUGAUUUAGUGCGUUCCGAGAACAUUUAUUAGAUCCAUAAAUUCUCUUUCGUUGUGAGUUAAAUCAUUAGAAAUAGGCAGAAAGGGCAGUUUCCAAAAACGUAGUCCCCUCAGAUCAAAACAUUAUAGUUUAUUAUAGAUAUGUGCAUGGAAGACAUGCUCCAAAAACAUAGCGAAGAACAAACAUUUGUAGGAACACAUUAUGAUACAGCCUGGGACAGGUCGGUGGCAAAAAAUCCAAUGAAUGAUAUUUACAUUUGGAAGACUAGUACUUUGGCUAUCGGGUUGGAUUGUUUACUUGAAUAUAAGUGAGAAAUGCGGUUAAUAUUCAGUAACUUCUUUACAACUUGUUAACUGUAAUGUUCAAGUAAAGAAAGUAUUAAAUAAAAGAAAGUCCUA